AAAUAAACCUCCAGUCCUGAUAACCGAACCGAACGGAACAUACAGUAAGAGAUACUUCCAAAGUCACCACACAUACAUAGAUACAUUCAAAAUUCAUGCCUUUUUCACUUUUUCUGCCAAAAAAGAGAAGUAGUAGACUAGAGAGAACAAACGCACUCGUCUCUUUCUUUCACUCUCUUUUAUAAAAGAGAAACCGCACUCACUGUUUAAACGCACAAGUGAAACAAAACAAAACAUGGCCAUGAAACCUAAAACCCACAACGGAAAUGGCAACUCCAGCGACAACAACAGCGGCGGAGGAAGCAGCAGCUCGCCGAGCCCGCCUCCGUCGCCGUCGCCGCCGCUUCGCUCCAGCGUAUCCCAAUGCCGGCGACGAGUGCGGUCCAAAGCACAGUCUCAGCUCUUAAAGGACAGCUUCGGCGGUGGCAUUCUGUUCCGGCGAAACCUGCGGUACUUGGUGGUGCUUCCUCUGCUCUACUUGUCUGGGUUGCUCAUGUGUGUUGGUGGGCCCUUCUCGGCUCUCGUCGGCUGGCCCACCACUCCUGGCGCCGUGUACCGUAGCCACGACAUGUUUCGGAAAUUCUGGCCUUGUAUUCACUCUGAUAAUUCCUCUGUUCUUGAGGUUCGCUCUUUGUUUUGGGUUUUUCAUUUGGUUGCAGAAGAAAAUGCAGGAAAAGAAAAAUUGUCCUCUGUUUGGAAAAACAAAAGAAGGGUGAAAGAGCAAAAACCGUGUCCAAAUUCAACAGCUAGUCCACGUUUUGAGUCCUCUGGCCCCAGUGGUUACUUGAUUGUUGAGGCUAAUGGUGGUCUUAACCAACAACGCUCUGCGAUCUGUAAUGCAGUGGCUGUAGCUGGGCUUUUGAAUGCAAUACUAGUUAUCCCUCGCUUUGAUUUCCAUAAUGUUUGGAGAGAUCCAAGUGAGUUUCGUGACAUAUAUGAUGAAGAUCAUUUCAUAGCCACCCUUGAAGGCUAUGUGAAAGUGGUUAAAGAGGUACCUGAAGAAUUGAUGCUAAAAUAUGAAAACAACAUUACUAAUGUUCCAAGCUUCCAUGUCCAAGCUUGGGCUUCUGUCAGUUAUUACUUGGGAGAAGUGUAUCCUGUCUUGCAGCAGCAAGGGAUUAUCCGCAUAGCCCCCUUUGCUAAUAGAUUGGCGAUGAAUGUCCCACCUCAUAUUCAAUUUCUAAGAUGUCUGACUAAUUAUGAAGCAUUGAGAUUCUCUGCUCCCAUUUCAACUCUUGCAAAGAAACUAGUAAACAGAAUGAUUGAGAAGAGUUCUAGGACUGGUAGAAAGUAUGUUUCUGUCCAUCUUCGUUUUGAGGAGGACAUGGUGGCAUUUUCAUGCUGUGUGUAUGAUGGAGGAGAGGCAGAAAAAAUUGAAAUGGAUUCAGUUCGUGAAAAAGGAUGGAGAGGAAAGUUCAAACGAAAAGACCGUAUCAUCUUGCCUGGUCUCAAUCGAAUCAAUGGAAAAUGCCCACUAUCUCCCUUGGAGGUUGGGAUGAUGCUGCGUGGUAUGGGGUUUGCUAAUGACACUUCAAUAUAUCUUGCCUCAGGGAAGAUAUACCGGGCAGAAAGGCAUUUAGUUCCUCUGCUAAAGAUGUUUCCUCACCUCCAUACGAAGGAAUCUCUUGCAACCCCGGAUGAGCUUGCUCCUUUUGUGGGAUACUCUUCAAGAUUGGCAGCUUUGGACUACACUGUAUGCUUGUUUAGUGAGGCUUUUGUGACAACUCAGGGUGGAAACUUUCCUCAUUUUCUGAUGGGCCACCGGAGAUUCCUCUAUGGUGGACAUGCUAAGACCAUUAUUCCAGAUAAACGAAGGCUUGUUGUUCUACUGCAGGACAUGGGUCUCAGUUGGAAAGAUUUCAAAGAUCAGAUGAAAGAAAUGUUAAACGAGAGUGACCACAAGGGGAUGAUGGUACCCAGAGUGAGAAAAUUCAACAGAAAAACUUCUGUUUACACACAUCCUUUGCCAGAAUGCGGAUGUAUCCAGAGACCCCCCAAUACUCUAAUCAUCCCAAAUUCUACAUUCCUUAAUUACCACCAAAAAUCCAUGAGAUAACAAAGGGACCUUUCUCUUGAGCAGUUCCUCCCAGUUGUGCAGUUGCCAAUUGUAUGCUUUUUUUUGCAAAUUCUUGGGCUUUGGUACCUUUCCUCUGUAUUUUCUCUAAAAGUCCAUUGCAGUUGUUCAGGCAUGGUGCAGGUUUGCUAAUUUUGAUUGCACAAGGAAUUCAUCAUUCCAUGUUAUUUCUUUUGCCUUUUACGUGGAAAUACUGAUCUAUUCUGUGGUGUUGGAUUUGUAUGGAGCUGAAGCAUGAGCUGAUCAAGGCAAGUUGGGGAACAUUGGUCGAGUUCAUUGUGCAUGAUUGAAAUAUCAAAACUCUUCAGUAUUCAGAAAGAAAUAUUGACUUUCCAGCCUUGAUCAAAUAGGCUAGGGGAGGACAGAUCCUUUUGCAGUUUGAUGAUGUUCUUUCCAUGAUUAUUAACGUAAAAGAGUACAGACAUAAAAUGUCAGUAAUAUUACACUUGUUGCAUUACAGGUUUGCUUAUUGUCAUCUUGCUCACAAUUUUGGUGUAAAGGGAGGAUUUAUAAGACUUAACUUUGAUGCAAAUAUUUCAUUUGUCA